CAGAGGCUCGGACUUUGUACCAAACACACACACAGUUACUAAUCUAAGUGUGAGGAGCAGCAGCAGCAGAAGUCAUGGCUGGGCCUCCUGUUAUCAUAUGGGAGCAGGAAGUGGAGCGCCUGUUGCGGUACAGAGACCUGAUCCCUCGUCUGGAGGAGGCCUUGGGCAAAUUCUCCACCCGAGACAGUGCUGAGGUGAUUCAGCCUGUGCGCUCCACGGUGCCGCUGCAGAAACACAGCGGGUUUCUUGGUCUGAUGCCAACAUACAUGGAGAAUGAUGGAGUUCUGUCCACAAAGUUGGUGUGUUUCUACAAGAGGGAGGCCGGUUCCUCUUUACCAGGUGUUCAAGCCACAGUGGUGCUGCUGGAUCCACAGUACGGGAACGUCAAGGCUGUCAUGGAUGGAGAAGUCAUCACGGCCAUGAGGACCGCUGCAGUCUCAGCUAUCUCUGCAAAGCUGCUGAUGCGUCCUGGAGCAGAAGUUCUGGCCAUCCUGGGCACCGGCAAACAGGCCCUGAGUCAUUAUAAUGUCUUCACUGAGAUAUUUUCAUUCAAAGAGGUUCGAGUGUGCGGCCGCACAAUGGAGGGAGCGGAGAGGUUUGUCCGCUCAGUCGGCGGUGCAGCGAGGGCCUGUGGCUCAGUGGAGGAGGCGGUGAGGGGAGCCGACGCCAUAGUAACGGUAACCUUGAGUACUGAGCCGGUGCUGUUCGGUCAGUGGGUCAAACCAGGAGCCCAUGUGGCAGCGGUGGGAGCCUGCAGGCCAGACUGGCGGGAGCUGGACGAUGAGCUGAUGAAGACGGCUGUGGUCUACGCUGAUAGCAGGGACGGAGCCAUGGCUGAGUCUGGGGACGUCAUCCUCUCAGGGGCUGAAGUGUUUGCAGAACUUGGAGACGUUAUCAACGGGACGAAACCUGCCCACAGAGAGAAGACCACCGUGUUCAAAUCCCUAGGGAUGGGAGUUGAAGAUGCGGUUUCUGCUAAGCUGGUGUUUGACCGAUGGACAUCCACAUCCAGCCAUCUAUGAAGAAGUCCUGAACUCUCUGUGCUGAUCAAGACAAUAAAUAAACGGACCACAAAUAAUAUGUUUUAGUCCAAACAGAGCUGAUUAGCCCACCAAAAAUACUGCUCAUACACCAAUCCUGCAACAGAGACGUAUACAUAACUCUGAAAUGGUUAGUUGAUUACUCAUAUAGUGAGCAAAUAAACAGAACUUUGAUUUGCUUCAGCAGUUGAUCAGAGUUGACAGAAUCUACAGCCAGACCAGCAGCUACUGGGUCACAGCAGUGCUUUAAGCAAAUUCCAACAUCCUGGUAUUUAACAGGCGUAUUAUUCACCAUAUACCACACACAGUAAACAGCAUUAAACAUGAAACUGAUUUCAGGUUUAUCAUUAUUUUUUAGAGACAUCACAUUAAUAUUGUCAUUGUGAAUCCUUUAGGUCGGUGGUUCUCAAGCGUUUUGAGCCACAAACCCCAAGAUAACAUAAGUUUGUGUUUGUGCCCCCCCAAUUUGAAUUUUUAAUAUAUCACGAGUAAUAACUUUGCAUAAAUGCGUUAAAAAUGAGUGUGUUUAUUCCACAGAUUAAUCUCUUUACAUUAACACGUUGCUUUUCUUUUGAAUGAAUGAAUCAAUUCAAUGCAUUUCCAACAAAUGAAAGGGGGGAAAAAAACAAAAACAAAAGAAAAGAAUUUAAAAAAGAGCAAAAAAGAAUAAUAUCACAUAAUCAAAUCCUAAUAUUAAUGAUAAAGGAGUGGGAAGAUGUAUACACUUUUAAUUUUGACAGCCUUAAUACACAUUUCUUUGAUAAAUGUAGGCUUUAUUUUAUUUGUAUUUUUUUACUAUGAUCGUGGGACCCUCAUGGGGGUCCCGACCCCCAGUUUGAGAACCACUGCUUUAGGCUAUUAUAAUCAUGUAGUAAAAGCUUGAUAUUGUGACAGCCUUAAUGGGGCUACACUGUGAAAAAAGGACAACAUGCAAUCAGCUGAAAAAAAAAGAAAAAUAAUGGGGGAAAAACAAUUCAUAAAAAGCCAGUAAUUUUGCAUAAUUAAAAUAAAUAAACAAAAAUGCAUCUCGCCUUAAUCUUAUGCAAAAUCACGUGUAUUUAAUGAAGAGUAUUUACAUGUAUGAAUACAAUCAAAUGAACUAUAAUAUCUAAUUAUGUAUGUACAAUGUUAAAUUAAACAAGAUUGACAAAGAUGUCGUACAUUUGUGAAAACAAUUCAGUAUUUUGUUGUGACAAACUGUAAAUAUACGAGAUUUCUCUCAUUUUUACAAAUCAUUGUAAAAUGGAAGAACCUAACUUUAGAAAUAUUUUUGCAAUGUUCAUUUAUUAAAUAAGAAGGAAAUAGUUUUGAAAUUAUGAAGAAUUUAAAAAUGUAUUUCAACUUUG